GGCGGGACCAAGAGCGGAAGUGGGUGUGACGGGGACGGGGGCCUGGUGGGCUAGCUAAAGAAAAUUACUGAGGAGUGGGAUCUGCGGCGUUCGGAGCGAUGAUUCCCCCACAGGAGGCAUCCGCCAGGCGGCGGGAGAUCGAGGACAAGCUGAAGCAGGAGGAGGAGACGCUGUCCUUCAUCCGAGACAGCCUGGAGAAGAGCGACCAGCUCACUAAGAACAUGGUGUCUAUCUUAUCAUCCUUUGAGAGCCGCCUUAUGAAGCUGGAGAACUCCAUCAUCCCUGUGCACAAGCAGACGGAGAAUCUGCAGCGGCUGCAGGAGAAUGUGGAGAAGACGCUGUCCUGCCUGGACCAUGUCAUCAGCUACUACCAUGUGGCCAGUGACACUGAGAAGAUCAUCAGAGAGGGUCCCACAGGUAGGCUGGAAGAGUACCUGGGAAGCAUGGCCAAGAUUCAGAAGGCAGUGGAGUAUUUCCAGGACAACAGCCCAGACAGCCCAGAACUCAACAAAGUGGUAAGGGAUCAGCAGAAUAAUGUGAGAGGUUUGGGGACAUCAGUCUCUGCCCUGGUCUCAUGAGGGACAUGGGGCCAGCGUGAGGAUGUAUGCGGAAGAAUACCCAAAAGGAUAAGACAGUACAUCCUAUAGGCAUUAGGAUCUCUGCCUCAAGAAUUACACAUUUUUUCUUAUUAAAAAGUCUUUAUUAUAAAUUUUUAAAAUGUAUUAUAAAAAUUAUAUUAUAAAUUACAUAU